AUGUAUGCUUUUGUUAGAUUCUUUGAAGAUGAUAUGUGCUACGCGUUACCCGUUUCAAAUAUCGAAGAUUUCAGACCUCUGCAAAAAACAGAUUUUGAUAAUCAGAAGGUGUAUCUGGUUCACAGAACUGAAGAGAAUGGCAGCGCAGGCCAGCCGUGCGAAGCACAGAUCCUUGCCCUUGCAGAUACAGUAGAGGAAUUUGAAGACAGUAUAAUGCAAAAGAAGAUGAAAAUUCCCAAGAUGUCCAUCAAGAAUUCAGGAAACUCUAUUGAGAACAAUUUUGGAGAAGAGAGAAUGCCACUCAGACAUAAAAAGGCCCUGUCUCAGGACCAUGGACGCCCCCUUUCCAACUCCUCCAAGAGUCUGGCAGCAGUAGUGGCUCGCCUGGAGAGAAACGCAGCCAGCUCCUGUAUGGAGGGCGAAGAAGACCUGGAUGAGGACCGGCUGGCAGAGGAGGGAGAGGAUGCAGAUGACGAAGAUGAAGAUAUGGAUGCAGAGCAUCAGCAACAUCAUCAUCACCAGCAGCAAGCACAGCAUUUGGAGGUGGACACGGAUUGUGUGUCUGGGGUAGCUGCAGCAGUGGUACCCAGAGUCCUGUAUGAGGAACUGGUUCAUAGCUACAGGCAACAGGAGGAGGAGAUGAGGAGGCUGCAGCAGGAGCUGGAGAGAACCCGCAGGCAGCUGGUUCAACAGGCCAAGAAGUUAAAGGAAUAUGGCAGCUUGCUGACAGAAGUCAAAGAACUGAGGGACUUCAACAGGAGGCUGCAAGACGUACUUCUCAUGCGAUUGGGCAGCGAGCCAAUGCAUGACAAUGGCACUCAGACAAUCAAGGCUGAAGUGGUUGAACCCAUUGUUGAGGCCCAGGAAACAUGCAGAGAAGAAGCCAACACCAGUUCCAGCUAUUCACCCUCACCCAGAACAGUAUACACCUGCAACGAUGGGAAGGUGCACCUCGGUGGAGGGAUCUGGGUGGAAGAGGAGAAGUGGCAUCAGCUGCAGCGGACCCAGGGAGACUCCAAGUUCACGAAGAACUUGGCUGUAAUGAUCUGGGGCACCGAAACCCUCAAGAACCGUAGCGUCACUGGAGUGGCCACCAAAAAGAAGAAAGAUGCCCUGCCCAAACCUCCACUUUCACCCAGCAAACUGAAAAUUGUUAGAGAGUGUCUCUACGACAGAGUGUCUCAAGAGACAGCGGACAGUGCAGAGAUUACGCAGAGAUUGUCCAAAGUGAACAAAUACAUCUGUGAAAAAAUAAUGGACAUCAACAAGUCCAUCAAGAACGAGGAGCGGCGGGAGUCCAAGCUGCUCAUUCGACAGACAGUCAAGAUGGAGAACUUCACCUACGAUGGCAUGUAGUGGUCAACUGUUGUCACGCCAGCGCCUUCUGCCCCCCGCCAUUGGUUAUUAUGUGAAAUGUUAAAACAAAUAGACCCCUUUCCAGCCCCUAUACAGCAUCCUCAGUGCCCAGUUUUCCCAUUGGCUGACAGACAGCUUUACCCACCACUGUGUGAACUAGUUUGAAAUGAGCGGGUGUGAGUGUUUUUAUAACCUUUACAGUGGGAUUAGUACAGAGACAUGGUUUGUUGGUGUGCGUGCAUUUGUGUCAAAGGAAAGAUUACAUGCAAUUUUUAAAUUGAUUUAUUGUUCUGUGUCAGAACAUAGUUUUGAAUCCUUAAACUUUUAAAAAGUAAUUGGUGGAGAGGGUAUUUCCCUAGAUAGAGUCAUCUGUUUCUAUAAAGAUAAUGAUGCCAGCUUGCAUUAGAUCCAAGUUGUGUUAACAGCUGGAUAUUUUGGAGACUACCCAAUAACUGCUGGGAAUCUGAGUGUUUGCUGUUGGUACUUACUGUAUAAAAUGCGACAUCAGUGUCUCAAAUGCACAAGUCUUAGUUGGAGAUUGCAUUUUGCAACAGGAAUUCUGUUGCUCCAAGAUAUUAAUUAUGUGUGUGCGCCCCCUUAACUGUAGGUCAAUAACAACACAUGACUUUAUUAAAAAGACGGCUGACAGAGGUUAAAUGGGAAGUAUGACUCUAAUGUGGAGUCUAUAAAGAGCUGUAUUUGUUUAGUUUUUUAUGUUUGACCUUUUAGUUAAGAGCAUUUGCCAUCAAUGAGAGAGGUUUGGAUGGGAUAUUCCCAUACAACUUGUAAUCAAACAUGUCACUUUUAGACAAUUUGACUGUUUAAUAAGUUGUAGUGGUACAGGCACAUUAAUGCCUAGAAAGGCCUUACAUAGAUUUGGCAAUCACUAGGGUAUGCCCCUGGGUUUUCUAAUAAGCUGUGAUUUUAAAUGUAUAGGAAGCUGAAGCAAUGAAGCUUUGCCUGCACUUUGCUGUGAGAAUGUGAGAGGUGGCUAGGUACUAUUUUUUUCUGUGUGGUUCACACCAUUAGGUUGAGCUGAGCUGGGCUACUUGCUUACCCCCCCCCCCCCCCCCCCCCCCCCCCCCCAUCUCCAUGUGGAAGCAUUGUUAGCUGUGGGUAAAGCUGUCUGGAACACUUUUUGUGCUGUUUGAAGUCAUCUGGGCCUGCUGAACCCCCAAAUAACCCCUUCUUCUACAAGCCACGCCACUGGGGAACAAAGUAAGGUCGCUCCAGUGACAAUUUCCUCUGAGCUAUGCCAUCAGAACUUUGAAAAUGUUUCUUGUAUGUUUUUUUUAACAUUUUAUUUUUCUCACCAGUUUUAUUGUUUUGAUCUAAAAUGGUUUGUGUGGCUGUCUGCAGGCUGGAACUAAAUGCUGCAGAUUGAAAUCUCGACUGUGACCUAGCUGUGGCUAACUGUGAAUCUGCUGCAGAGCUGCCCAUCAAGCCUCUCUCCUCUUCAUACUCUAGAUUCUUGUUUGUCAGUUUUUUUUUAUUUCUGUCCAUCAUUUUGUCUGUCACGGUUUUUGUUAUUGCAAAAGUUCAGAUCAGCCUUUUGUUAAGCUACCUUAUGUUUUGGAGAUAUUUUAGUGUACAUAAAACUUUUAUUUUUUAUUUUUUUCCACCAAACAUGGACAUUUCAGUUUCUCGUCAUGUUACAUGUUGCCGUUUUAAAGGCUCUGGUCAAGUUUUGAUUUAUCUAAUUGAUGUUGUAAUUCCAUGUUACCAGACAAUUUCUUGUUUCUUUUUACUUACAUACAGUAUGUGUAUAUAUAUAUAUAUAUAUAUAUCUAUAUAUAGAUAUAUAUAUAGAUAUAAAUAUACCGUUUAUAUUUUUUUUCUUAUGAAUUGUUAGCUUUAAGCUUGAUGUUGUAUCCAAAUGAAACAACAAAGGAAAAACAAAUCUCCCUUUCUUAGCCAAGGUGAUCUCUGUGGAACAAGAGAGACAAGGCUUCUGUUAACAGAGCCCAUAUAUUAAGCUAGAUUCACAACAUUCAAUAUUUAAUAAUCCCCACUUAGGUUCUACCUUCGAAUGAUCUGCCACAGUAAGAUGAGAAUUUGUAUUGUUAAACCAUUGUACUUAAUUAAGACGCAGUAGUUAGAUAAAAACAAAUAUUUACAUUGAAUGCACUUUAAACUUCUGAGCAGUUUCUUCAAUCAUAAAGAAAGGUAUUUGUCCUUUUUCUUUUUUAAAUGUCUAUAUAGAUAAAGCUUAACAAUCAUUGUAUUAUCAUGAAGCACCUUAGAACAUUUUGGUUUAUUGUUUUUCAUGGCAAGAAUGACUUAUGGGAUUGAAUUAGUCCAAUAUGCCCCUGACAUACCAAUGCUCCAAAACAAGUUGGAUAGAUUUAAUACUUCUAAGUAAUAGUUGGAAGUAUUACUACUACUUCUUCCGAACGUUUAAUUAUUUUAAGAUGUGUUGGUGUUUAGAAAACCAGAUUUCCACAAGUCACACUCUGUUGAAACUGGAUUUGAUAACUCCACCAUGGCCUCCUGAACAAUAAAUGGCUUACUUGGCAAAUUGACAAGCAAAAUUCUAUUUGGCUGUCAAUCCCAAAACAUGAUCCUUCAACCUGACGAUAUUAUCCUAUGAAAUGUGCAAGCUCACUGGAAAAUGUGCUUUAAUUUAAUGUGUGAAGAUGGUGGUUAUACGUAAAUAUAACUAAUAUAGAGAUAAUUGUCUAUUUUUUACAAAUGAGUGGUAAUCGUAAGCCAAAGUAUUACAUGCUGAGAUCAAGUUAAAGAAGGGGGUUGCUGACUGAGGAAUCAGCAGGGUUUGCACAAAAGAUUGCCCAUGCCAAGGUUAUAGAGCCUAGUGAAUCUUUUUUUCUCUUUCUAAAAAAUAUCCCUUUUUGAGUUUUUUCCCCCUGUACAAAGCAACAUGUGAGGUUUACAUGGGCUAGCAUGUAUUUGAAAUACAUGUGGUUUAAAAGAGAGAAAAGAUUUCUGCUGUGCAAAGCAACCAUGCUGAAAUUUUGACACCUUGUUGUAUGUCGUGUUUGUGUUUGUUUCUUUGAUGUUUGAUGCCAAAAGGGGGUGUGGUUAAAAAGAAAGCUUUAAGAUUAGAGCAUUAAUAGAGCUAUUACAUCAUCUGAAAUGUUAACUUCUUUUCAAAGGCUGGUUUCCUGUUGCGCGAUUAAGUCUAAUCCUUUAACUAAAACCGUCUUUCAUGGAUGAGAGCUGUAUGGAAGUGCUGUAUGUUUUGAACCCAGAUUUGGUUUAAUCUGUGAUGGCAAGGCCAAUCUCUUAUCAAAUGUACCAAGUCACUUGCAGAGAAGCAGUCUGGGUUUUAGCAGCAUAUUAGUAACAUAAACCAGUACAUUGUCUGGCAGAGCCCUUAUUGGAUGAUACAUAGGCUAGUUUGGCUCUGUGACACAACACACCAGACUUUCCAAUCCUCUCACUGUCACACUCAAGUAGCGAUAGGGAAAAAAUGUAACCUUGCUGGCUCUGUGAUCCUCUUCCUGUGCCACCUCUAGUUCCUUACUCUGCUGUCAUUUAUAUGGACUGGAUUUAGAAAUGCAUAUGUAUCGAGAUAAUAGCAAAUCCUGUCCUCGUCGUUUGGUGUUUUGGCUUAUGUUGUGAAUGUGAACAUCUGUCAAAGCUUCAGAAGUGAGGGAGCUUUAUGUAGCUUUUUGACAGUUUGAUUGGGGAAAAGAGAUCAGUUCUAUCUUCACUGUGUGGAACAAGAUAAAUGGCUUCAUCUAGCAGUUAUCACAACUAAGUGCACACAAAACACGCAACUGUUUGAGCCUCAGAUACAAUGUCAAACUUACUUCAAAUGAGGAAAAAAUGGGAGGAACAUUGUAAGGCCUAUAUUUUUCUUAAGGUAUCAGUAACUUUGUAUACAAUCCACAAACCGGUUCUACUUCAUCUAACUUCACCGUCCUACCUCAUUGUUACUCUGGUGUUUGUUUGUCAGUGACUGUAAACUAUGUGUGCAUAUUAAAAAAAAUCUAUAGGAAAGGUAUAUCUGGUUACUCUCAACAUGUACAGCAAAAUAAACUUGUAAAACACCUCAGUACACAAUAUCAUUCUGAGGAGAAAUCAGUUUUAUUACCUGCUUAAAGAUGCUGCUGUAAAGGGGUUGUCUCUGAAUAUAUAUCCUCGCUCUUUGCUAUGUUGUGCAGUUGAUCAGUGGUUGUGUUCUGUCUCUAUUGCAUUCUGAGAUUUUUACUGGUUGACGGGUGCUACCAGCAAACAGUUCAAAAACUGAUCUGUCUAUCGGACCUCAAAUGGUGCUGUUUUUCUAUGUUUUUAUCCUCAUUCAGCUAUGUUUUAUUCAGGUGUGUCAACCGCCAUUAUCCCCUCAGCUAAUCAAAUUUUAAGCCAAAAUAUUUCGCAAAACGAUAACCCUGCUAUUACUGUAUUAACUAUAUGCUAUCUACCCAAAUAUUGUAGAUAGUGAUUAUAUCCUCAGCUGUGAGUUUCAGAAGUACCUCAUAACUUGCUGAUUUUCAAUAGAUGCAUCUGCUUCUAGCACCUGUUGUCGACCAAUAUCACAUUGUUGCAGUGUAUUUUCAGAAAUAAGCAUUUUUACUGGUUAGAUCAGGUUUCACUAUACAUAGGACAUGAUUAUUAGAUCACACUCAGAUGGCCGAUCAAUUCAAAGGAUACCACGUGUCAUAAAAGGAAAUCUCAGUUGGACUGAGCAGCAUGUGAUACAGUAGAAGAGGUCCUCAGCA